AAAUGAAAUCAAACCGAGUAAACCAUAGACUGAUUACAACUUUGCUAAGUCUAUGGUGUUAGGUUAGCAAAUUAAAGGGAGAGACAAAGCACCUUGAUAUUUAUCUUACUUUGACAAACUUGGCAUUAAAUUAAGUGAAUUGGUCAAAAGAGCCAUAGUAUAAAUAUGUUACACUUCCUUAGUUUCCAAUCACAAAACCUUCUUAAUUAAUUGUCUUUUAGUAAUCACCUAGAGUUAAUUAUGGCUUCAUUUUGUUCUAACAUGAUUGGUUUUUCCCUUUUGCUUCUUGUAUUAAUGGGGAAUACAAAUGCAACACUUUCAAAAGAUUAUUACUAUAAUUCUUGUCCAAAACUCUAUGAAACUGUGAAGUGCACAGUUGAAUCUGCCAUAGCAAAAGAGACCCGCAUGGGUGCUUCUCUUCUGCGUUUGUUCUUCCAUGAUUGUUUUGUUAAUGGAUGUGACGGUUCAAUUUUGCUCGAUGACACAUCAAGCUUUACAGGAGAAAAAACUGCAAUUCCCAACAAAAAUUCUGCGCGUGGAUUUGAAGUGAUCGACCAAAUCAAGUCAGCGGUGGAGGAAGUGUGCCCAGGUGUAGUCUCAUGUGCUGAUAUCCUUGCCGUCACCGCUAGAGAUUCCGUUGAGAUUCUUGGAGGUCCAAGUUGGGAUGUAAAACUUGGAAGAAGAGAUGCUAGAACCACCAGUAAAUCAGCUGCAAACAAAGAUAUCCCAGCACCCACUUCAAGCCUCAACCAACUCAUCUCAAGAUAUAAUGCCCUUGGUCUUUCCACCAAGGAUUUGGUCGCAUUGUCUGGUGGUCACACAAUUGGACAAGCAAGAUGCACUAACUUUAGAGAUCACAUAUACAACGACACCGACAUAGAUACCUCCUUUGCUCGGACAAGGCAAUCAGGGUGCCCCAAGACAUCAGGGUCAGGAGACAAUAACUUGGCACCCCUUGAUCUCGCGACACCGACAUCCUUUGACAACCAUUACUUCAAGAACCUUGUUGAUAGCAAGGGACUACUCCACUCUGACCAAGUACUCUUCAAUGGUGGAUCCGCUGAUUCCAUAGUGCAUGAAUAUAGCGUAAAUCCAAGCUCUUUUUUCUCUGAUUUUGUCACUGCCAUGAUCAAGAUGGGAGACAUUAGUCCUCUCACCGGCUCAAAUGGAGAGAUAAGAAAGAAUUGCAAGCGUGCGAACUAACCAUUUUAAAUAAAGUUGGACCAAUAUGUAUCUUUUAAUUUAUUUAUAUUUAAGUUUGGAUGGAGCAUAUUGUAUUUUAAUCUUGUAUAAUUUAUUUUGUUUUUUGUGUUUCUUAUAUUGUGUUUUGUCUCGUAAAUCAUAAUUAUUUUGAUAGCAAUUAAGUAUGAAUGUUGAUGGGAAAAGUUUUAUAUAUUUAAGGAUUAUAUAUUGAUUUGAUGUGAA